AUGGCGUUCCACUGGCAGUCCAAUGUCAACGUCAAGCAGGUCGGCGUUGACGACAUGGUGCUGCUCAGUCGAUUGUCAGAAGAUUCGAUCACCGACAACCUGAAAAAGCGCUUUAAUGCCAAUUCGAUUUUUACGUACAUCGGCCCGGUGCUCAUCUCCGUCAACCCCUUCAAACAGAUGCCCUAUUUUACCGAAAAAGAAAUGGAGCUAUACCAGGGAGCCACGCAAUAUGAAAAUCCGCCCCAUAUCUACGCGCUGGCCGACAAUAUGUUCAGAAACAUGUUGAUCGAACGUGAGAGCCAAUGUGUGAUUAUUUCCGGCGAAUCCGGAGCCGGAAAAACGGUUGCCGCCAAGUAUAUUAUGAAUUACAUCAGCCGGAUAUCGGGAGGAGGAAGCGCUGUUCAGCACGUAAAAGAUGUCAUCCUCCAAUCCAACCCGCUGCUAGAAGCUUUUGGAAACAGCGCCACAAUCCGAAAUUGGAACUCGUCGCGUUUCGGGAAAUAUGUGGAAAUCGUCUUUAGUAUGGGCGGCCAGCCGAUUGGAGGAAAGCUCUCCAACUUUCUGCUCGAAAAAUCGCGUGUCGUCUCCCAGAACAAAGGCGACCGGAAUUUCCACAUUUUCUAUCAGCUACUCGCUGGAGCUGAGCAAAACCUUCGAACAAAUUUGGGCGUUGGCCAGCUGUCAUACUACAAUUAUUUGAAUCAAAGCGGCGUCACGCAAGCUGAAGAUACGGAUGAUGCCAAGGAGUUUCAUAAUACGCUGCACGCGAUGCAAGUGGUGGGCAUUGACGACGAGGGGCAACUCGACAUACUGCGGCUGGUAUCUGCUGUACUGCACAUAGGAAAUAUCAUGUUCCGAGAAGACGGGAAUUAUGCAGCGAUUGAGACGGAUGAUUUCCUUGAAUUCCCCGCAUUUCUACUCGGCCUAAAAUCCACCGACAUCAAGGAAAAGCUGACGACAAGGAGAAUGGAAUCGAAAUGGGGCAACCAAACCGAGACGAUCAACAUGCAGAUGAACGUUGAACAGGCGAAUUACACGCGCGAUGCAUGGGUGAAGGCCAUCUACUCGAGGCUUUUUGACUUUCUUGUGCGUUCCGUCAACGAGGCUAUGCAAGUCAAAUCCAAAGAAGCCUCGCUUUCCAUCGGAAUUCUGGACAUUUACGGCUUCGAAAUCUUUGAUCAUAACGGUUUUGAACAAUUUUGUAUCAAUUAUGUCAACGAAAAGCUCCAACAAAUCUUCAUCGAACUAACCCUAAAAGCCGAACAGGAAGAAUAUGUCAAAGAAGGCAUCAAAUGGCAAGAAAUCGAAUAUUUCAACAAUAAAAUCGUCUGCGAGCUCAUCGAGGAGAAGAAACCCCCGGGAAUCAUGUCUCUACUUGACGAUACCUGUGCCCAGAACCACGGAACGUCCGAGGGAGUCGACCGGCAGCUCCUAUCAACCCUAUCCAAAGCCGUCGCUGCUCAUCCACAUUUUGCCGGCGGCGCUGACUCGUUUGUCAUCAGACAUUAUGCAGGAAAUGUCUCCUACAACAUUGACGGGUUUUGCGACCGAAACCGCGACGUCCUCUACCCGGAUCUCAUUCAGCUCAUGCAGAAAAGUACAAACCAAUUUGCCCGCAGCCUAUUCCCCGAUCAAGUGCAACAAGGGAAACGCCCGACCACGGCUUCGACAAAAAUUCGGACCCAAGCGAACGAACUUGUGGCAUCGUUGAUGAAGUGCACACCGCAUUAUGUGCGUUGUAUAAAACCGAACGAGACGAAAGGGCCGGCGAUUGGGAUGAAGAACGAGUUCGCCAUCAGAGCUGGUUACGCUUUCCGAAGACCAUUCGAGAAAUUCUUGUGGAGAUACGCCAUUUUGACGGAACAAACGUGGCCAAACUAUCGUGGAGAUCCAAGACAAGGAUGCGAGUUAUUCCUACUGGAAGAAGUGCGAGAGCGAAAAUACGAUGGCUUCGCGCGGAAAAUUCAAAAAGCAUGGCGACGUCAUCACGCCCAGCGCCAUCACGCAAAAAUGAAGGAAGAAGCCAGCGAUUUGAUGUACGGAAAGAAAGAGCGCAGACGCUUCUCGUUAAAUCGAAAUUUUGUCGGCGAUUAUAUCGGAUUGGAGUAUCAUCCAGCACUUCAGGUGCUUGCUGGAAAGCGAGAAAGGAUAGACUUCGCGACGACAGUUACUAAAUACGAUCGCAGAUUUAAGACUUCAAAACUAGACCUGAUUCUGACGGCCAAAGCGAUUACGCUGGUCGGGAGGGAAAAGGUGGCCAAAGGGCCGCAGAAAGGACAACUUGUCGAGAUCGUAAAGAGGCAAAUACCCCUGGAAAAGAUCCAAUCGAUCGGGCUGUCGCCGUAUCAGGACGAUUUCCUGAUCCUCCAAGUUCGUGAAGAUUUCACGUCACUCCUCGAGACGCCAUUUAAAACGGAAUUCUUGACGACGCUGAGCAAGCGAUACAAGGAUCGAACGGCCAACGGCACUUUGCUGCUCGAUUUCAAGUCGGAACACACGAUUACACUAAAGAAAACCCGAUUCGGCGGUGGCCAUCGCGUCGUCAGCUUCCAAUUACUGGCCGGUGGAUCACCAAAGGCCGUCCUGACACCGAAUGGCAAAAAAUUGACGGUGUCUAUUGGAGCCGGAGAACCAAAUACAACUCGUCCCCGAAUGAACCGACCGGAAGGCGGGUACCAACGACAAAGCCAGGGCAGGAGAUCCACGAAAAAGGCGCCCACCCGCCCACAACAGCCUCAUAUGGGGUUGUCGUCACAUAGCCAACCUCAACAGAACAACUACGGGGUGGCCGAGUACGAAGCAGAGCCGAGGCGGCUUGGAGGCUCAGCCCCUCCAAUAACCCCAUCUCACGGCAACGGCAUUUCCGGCGCGGCGAUGGGCGGUAUUGCCACCCCUCUGGCCGGCCUGAAUCUCAAUGGCCAACAGACCAACGUGGUUCGCCCGGCUCCUCGGCCGAACAAGCCAAAACCGCCGGUGAAACCGAAGCUUCACCCGGUGGUGACGGCACUGUACGCAUAUGACGCUCAGGACACUGAUGAGCUUUCUUUUGAAGUUGGAGCCGAGAUUGAGCUCCUCAAGAAACAUGAAUCCGGCUGGUGGCAGGGCAAAAUCGGCAGCCAGCAGGGCCUCUUCCCCAGCAAUUACGUGCAAGAA